UGCCGUGAGAUUGAAAUGCAGAACUCAAGUCUCUUUCAUCGGGAAACAGACUUCCUCGUAGUCCUUUUUCCUUACAUGCUUGCUAUCCCCUCAGUGGAAAUCAGAGGGACCCGGGGGCUAUUCCAGCCGGCAGUGCAGGAGGCUGGGACACCGACUCGGUUGUUAGGUUGCCUCUUGGCAGCUAGAGUAGUCUCCCUGGUGUCCUGCUAAAGAGCAAUGGAGCCUGCCUUUGGGGAGGUGAACCAGCUCGGCGGGGUGUUCGUGAAUGGGAGACCCCUGCCCAAUGCCAUCAGGCUUCGGAUUGUGGAACUGGCCCAACUGGGCAUCCGACCCUGUGACAUCAGCCGACAACUGCGGGUUUCCCAUGGCUGUGUCAGCAAAAUCUUGGCUCGCUACAACGAGACUGGCUCCAUCCUACCCGGGGCGAUCGGAGGCAGCAAGCCCCGGGUCACCACCCCCACGGUGGUGAAACACAUCCGGACCUACAAACAAAGGGAUCCGGGCAUCUUCGCCUGGGAGAUCCGGGAUCGCCUGCUGGCAGACGGCGUGUGCGACAAGUACAACGUGCCCUCCGUCAGCUCCAUCAGCCGGAUCCUCCGGAACAAAAUUGGAAACCUUUCCCAGCAGAGUCACUACGACUCCUACAAACAGCACCAGCCGCCUCCCCAGCCCGCCCUGCCCUACAACCACAUCUACUCCUACCCCAGCCCCAUCGCGGCGGCGGGGGGCAAGGGGCCCACCCCCCCGGGGGUGCCAGCCAUCCCCAGCGCCAUGGCCAUGCCGCGCACCUGGCCCUCCUCCCACUCGGUCACGGACAUCCUGGGGAUCCGGUCCAUCACAGACCAAGUGAGUGACAGCUCGCCCUACCCCAGCCCCAAGGUGGAAGAGUGGAGCAGCCUGAGCCGAAGCAGCUUCCCCGCCUCCGCCCAGCACGCGGUCAACGGGCUGGACAAGAGCUCCCUGGAGCAGGAGGCCAAGUACAGCCAGGUGAUCUGGAUCGCACCCCAUUCGAAUGCUAAUUGUGAGACCUGCGUCUUACUGGCCACCUGCUUCCACGCCCAAAACACAGUGCCCUGCCCAACAGUCCACAUGGCUUCAGGGCACUCCAUCGGGAUGAAACUAAUAAAGAAAGUCAGAGAGGCGCCAAAUGGCCUCCCAGCUGUCAGCAGUUUUGUCUCAGCACCAACUAUGGCUCCUUAUCCUACACCAGCCCAGGUGUCACCUUAUAUGACAUAUAGUGCUACCCCUUCUGGUUACGUGGCAGGCCAUGGCUGGCAACAUGCUGGGGGCACUCCACUGACACCUCACAACUGUGAUAUUCCUGCAUCAUUGGCAUUCAAGGGCAUGCAGACAGCCAGAGAAGGUAGUCACUCUGUCACAGCCUCUGCUCUCUGAUACAGGAUUCCUUCUAGAAGAACCGCAACUCAUCCUUGUUUCUCCCCCUCCCUUAAUCCUGACUCCCAGACUGAUCUUUUGUGUUGGUGACAUUUAAAAUCCCUGCCCUCCCACCUCCCCAUCUCAGACUUUUCUCCCACAAAAUCUGUGGGACUGAAAGCAUAAAAAACAACGUAAGAAAUGGAUAGAUGUGUGCUGUUGCCCUUGCACUGUUUUAAGUAAAGAAGAUCUUACAUCCCUCAAAGGGCUCAUGGAACUCUUGUCUAUUCAUCGGUUAAACCACACAUAUUUAUUCUUGAUCAACAUGAACUUUUUAAAUGUGCAAUUGUUGUUGAGAUUUAUGUAAAAUCAAUAAAGAAAAAUCAACACAGAAAUACAUGUUAUGCCUCUAAUCAGCAAAGGCGACUAAUCAGAAGUUAUUUGUCAAUGAUCUGUCUCUAGAGAAGAAAAUCUUUAUCAACAAGGUUACAUAAUCCACUGUUAUUGUUAAGAGUUUUUUGUUUAUUUGUUUAGUUUUUGGUAAUCAAAUAUAGAAGCAAAGCAAUAUGUGGCUCUCAGAUUCUUCCUGUAUUUCAUCAUGGUUACAAAGACAGUAACAUGUUUGUAUUUUUUAUCCAUUUGUAAAUAUAGGCUUCGGUCAGCAUUUGUGUUUCCACCCCACAAUACAUUUCUACUUCUUUUUUUAUGUUAAAAGGUGACUUUCUAGCUAUUUUCUGUGUCUUUGCUUGGUGUUGGCAACAGCCUCUGAUGACUGAGGCUUAGGCAGGUUUUUUUUAAUCAUGUUUUGUGCAUACAGUGCAGGUUUCAACAUCUGAAGAAAGACAUUUUGUUUCUUCAGCAGAGGAGUCAAAGCAAACAACCAGAUAAGUAACUCUCCUAACCUGUACCAAUCCUCAUAGAAUCAUGAUAUAACUAAGUGUACAAAAGAGAAAAGGGUGGAAAAUAUCUGAAUAAACCUGAGACCCAUAGAGAGAAGCCUAAGUUUAAUGUGAAAUGUGUGCAGAGACACUUAAAAAUCAUUUAAAGUUAACAUAACCACUGUGAAACACAGCUGUGUUAUCAUUGUUGGCUUACCUGUGUUCAGCAGUUUCAGGCCCAGGUUUACAUUGUCAUUCUUAAAAGGAAAACUUGUCUUAAUGUUUCUGCUUUAAUGAAUGUCAAAAAUGGCUCUUGGUAAAGUUUACAUUGUUUUACAUAAGAAGCAUGUUUCACUCAUAGUUUUAUUGGCGUUGGUACUACAAAUACAUAUUAUUUCACACUAACAAAUUCCCUUUCUGUAUUUCUGUGUUCACUGGCAAAAAAAAUCUCUGUCCUAAUUAGUCUGCUUUAAUUUUUUCCUUACUUUCCAUUAACCCCCAAGAGAGCUAAUAUUUUGGACCUUCAAAACAUACCUGUUUCCCUUGGGUAAUAAUAUUAGAAUAUUAGUCUAGAAAGUCUACUACAUGUUUGAAGACAUGUAAAACAUGAGCAUGAAAGAGAAAGAUUUUAAAAUUGGCAUAACAUUUAAUAUCCUUCACAGAAUAUUAAUAUAUUGUGUGUUUUUAUAAUCAUUGUGCAAUAAUUUAAAACUAUAUUACUAGACAGAAAUUUUAAGUGUUUUCAAUUCAUCUCUUAUUCCUUCCUACCCAUAUUAAACAAUAAGGUAAUGCAAAAAUGAGAUACAGCCAUUUCUAUACAAACAUCAUACUUUUAUUUAUAACUGGGAAGGCCAGUGGCAGAUUUCCAUAACUCUACAAAGAUAAUAAUGUAUAAAUGAUAUGCAUAUAUUAUGUGCAGUGAAAUGCAGAUGGGUUUUAAGGACCAUCAUUACUUUUGGUCUUUGCACAAAAAGCUAGUUGAAUCAACUGGCCUUUUAUACACAGACCACAGAUAUAGCCUGUACCUAAAAAAAUCAAAUACCCUGGGCCAGAUUCUGCAGUUCAGCAAAUUUUCUAUUGAUGUAAGCCCCAGUUCAGCAACGGACUUCAGCAGCUAUUUAAAAAUAUGCUUAAAUCCAUCACUAUUCAUCAAAGCACAUUGAUAUGUGCUUAAUUUAAAGCCAAGCUUAAAUCUCACAGCAUACAACAAAACUUAAAACACAUGCAUAAGAACUUUGCUAAGGUGGGGCCUGUAAUCAGAGGACCUGAAGCUGGUCUCAGUUGUACAUGAAUGAUACUCCAGAGACUUAAAUGGAGUUACUUCACAUUUUCAUUCCACAUUAAAGAGGAUGGCUUCUUAACUCCAAGCAUAUGCCCUAGUAACAAACUAAAAGCAGAAAUAAAAAAUUAAGGGAAAAAUAGUAAAUAGUUUUGUUGCCAAAAUCUGCUGAAGUUUUUGAGUUUUUUAAAUUUUAAAGAGAGAGGCAAGGCUUUUAGUGUGAUCUAUUUUAUUGGACUAGCUGAAUGGUUGAGAUAAAGUUAGAUAAGCUUUUGAAUAAAAAGUGAUCUGAUAAAGAACACUUUGUGUUCACAAACUCAUCUAACUGCAUCCCAACCAUACAGUUGGUCUAAUAAAAAAAAAAAAUCACCCUAAAAUCCUUGUUUUUCACAUAAUUCCUGGACCAUCACAGUUACAUGACUGUAACACUACAUAAUAUUGAAUUUUAAACUUAUUUUUGAAAAAUAUAAAUCCUGAAUGAAAAAGCUGAUCUGUAUUCAGUAACAUCUGUAUUCUGUAUCAGCUCACAAGAGAAAGCUGAGGGGGGACCUUGUGACUGUCUAUAAACUCACUAGGGGGGACCAGAAGGGUUUGGGGGAGACCUUGUUUCCCCCAGUGCCCCCUGGGAUAACAAGAAAUAAUGGCCACAAGUUGUUGGAGAGUAGGUUCAGGUUAGACAUCCAUAGGAACUACUUCACAGUUAGGGUGGCUAGGAUCUGGAACCAACUUCCAAGGGAAGUGGUGCUGGCUCCUAUUCUGGGGGUCUUUAAGAAGCAGCUUGAUGCCUACAUGGCUGGGGUCACUUGAGCCCAGUUUCUCUCCUGCCCAGGCAGGGGGUCGGACUUGAAGAUCUACAAGGUCCCUUCCGACCCUACUUCUAUGAUUCUAUGAUUCUAUGAACAUAUCAACAGAAACACAGUACAGCAAAGGGGAGGAGGGAAAGAGGAAAAUAAGCCUUCCCAAAGCAUAGAUUUUAAGUCCUAAAACCCUGUUUGACCAGUGACCAUUUUGAACGUCUGACUUACUUUCUUUUCUGAUCCAUAAAAUGUAAGAUGCUGUUCCAGGUAGAAUGAGUCUCUUAUCCUAUGGUUCCCAAGAGGCACAAAUAUGCCUUUAAAUUAUACUGAAGUGGCCAGAUGCUCAGGUGGUGUAAACUGUUGCUGGUCUUUUCUUCCAAGGAGCUAGGGACAGUUUACAUUAGUUGAGGACAUUCCUUGUAAUUAUUCUUUGUGUGGAUAUACAGCAUUUGCAUAUGUGUUUGCUUAGGGCCAGCUCUUUCUCAUGUUGAUUAAUAUUUUACUCCAUCAGGGAAACCGAAGGGGCUAUAUGAAGCAAAGUGUUAUUCAGAAUGAACAGAGGUAGAUUAACUUGGCCUUUACGCAGCUAUUUAUAAUUGUGUCAUGUAGGUUUUUUUAACAUAUAUUUUUGAAUCCACAUUGACAUGCAUAAUUUUCCUUUGCCCAAGGACUUUUCUUUGAGAUUAUUUAUGGGAUAAACUGAAAGAUUCAAUGUAUUAGCUUUGCAGUUUUACAGCUUUAAGUCACUUUAAAAUAAAAAGGAAUGGGAAGGGUUUCAGCUAUUAAAUGGUAAGUAUGGGUCCAACUUGGUUUUGGGUACGUAAGUGUAAAUCUGGAGGGAAAACACUGCCAUUAGUGGAGUUAUUCGGCUUCGUACCAGUGUAAAUAAGGACAUAAUUUAGCUUUGUAUUACACAGAUAUUUUGCUACAGUGUGCACAUGAAGGGCUCAGUUUGGCAUUCUCAGAGCAUCAAAAUCUUCCAGAGAGGUCAAUGAGGCCUGAUAAUCAUUUUCACGAAGGCCCCUUUAUGCUUCCAAUUCAGUGGUGAAAAAUAGCCUUAGUCUAAAUGUGAAUAAGAUCAGUGGCGCACCAAAAUAAUGUAAAGUGGGCGUGAACAGCUUAAAAAGACACAUUCUUUUUUCUUUUCUUUUUUUAAAAAACAUUGUAUGUUUCUGCUUUCUAAUGGGCCUCUUAGCAAAAGAUCAAGCUGAACUAUAAUUGAAAAAUAUCACGUUGGAAAGGAUGUAAAACAGAAGGCUGUGUAUGUAUAUACAGUAUGUUCAAAGCCUUUUAUUUUUAUAUUUUGAAUGCUCUAAAUUAAUAAAAAAAUAAUUAUGAUGUA